UCAUUCAACUCCACUUUAUCUCUCUCUACAAAAAACACAUUCUCUCUCUCUAGAACUCUCUCUCUCCCUCCCUAGGGUUUCAUUUUGUUUGACGACGCCAUGGCCUCGAUCGCCGAUCCCGGCGAGGUGACUCACCCGCCGCAAGCUAGUUUCGACGACUUCCAGCGGCAGACGUCACUGAUGACGAGCUGCACGCUUCUCUGGAAGGAGCUCUCCGAUCAUUUCACCACUCUCGAGAACGAUCUCAAGAUGAAAUCGGCCGCGAUCAAGUCGAAACUCGAUAAGCUCGACUCGGAGACUUCACUGAGUUUGAAGAACCUCGAGACUCGUGAGCUCAGUCUUGUUAAAUCCAUGUCUGUUGCUUUUGAGACGGUCGAGAAGCGCAAGGCCGCUGCGCUGAGUCUAGAAGAGGAUUCCGGUGAUGACGUGGCAGCGGUGGAUGAUUCGGAGGGGCUGUUGUUGAGGCUGAGGAGGUUUUGUACACGGAUGGAUUCGCUAGGGUUUUGGAGGUUUAUUACGACGAGGAAGAAGGAGCUGGAUUCGAUUCGGGCGAAAAUCCCGGCGGCUUUGUCGGAUUGUAUUGAUCCGGCGAGAUUCGUGUUGGAGGCGAUAUCGGGGGUGUUUCCGGAAGAUAAGAGGGAGAACAAGAGUGAGAGAUUGAAUGAUUUGGGGUGGGCUUGUGUGAUGGUGCUGGAGUCGUUGAUUCCGGUGGUGGUGGAUCCGAUUUUGGGGGAUAAGAGGAUGUUGGUGACGCCCAAAGUGAAGGAGAAUGCUGGGAAGAUUGCGGAGGAGUGGAAGAAGAGUUUGGAGCAGCGCGGGGGGAUUGAGAAUGUCAAGACGCCGGAUGUGCAUACGUUCUUGCAGCAUUUGGUUACUUUUGGGAUUGUCAAGAAUGAGGAUCUUGAUUUGUAUAGGAAGCUUGUUGUUGGCUCUGCUUGGAGGAAGCAGAUGCCUAAGCUUGCGGUUUCGCUUGGAUUGGGUGAUAAGAUGCCUGAUAUGAUUGAAGAAUUGAUUAGUAGAGGCCAACAAGUUGAUGCUGUGCAUUUCACUUAUGAAGUUGGACUUGUGGACAGAUUCCCGCCUGUGCCACUGCUAAAAGCCUUCUUAAAGGAUGCUAAAAAGGCUGCAACUACUAUCUUAGAGGAUCCUAAUAAUUCGAGCCGAGCUGCUCAGCUAGCAGCACGAAAAGAGCAGUCUGCAUUACGAGCUGUUGUCAAGUGCAUUGAAGAGUACAAACUAGAGGCUGAAUUCCCUUCAGAAAGCUUGAAGAAACGACUCGAGCAGUUGGAGAAGGUCAAGACAGAAAAGAAAAGGCCAGCAGCUGUCCCUGCCAACAAGCGAACAAGAACCAACAACGGAGGCCCCAUGCCCCCAGCCAAGGCAGGGCGCUUGACAAAUGCCUACGUGUCAUCUUUUCCAGCACCUCCCACAUUCGUAAGGUCUCCCUCACACACUCAGUACCCUGCUACUGGGGUUCCGCAAUACCAGGUUGCACCACCAAUGUACGGGCAUGGCAGCAGGAGUCCACAAGCCAGCCAUUAUGUUUACUCACCGGAAGCAGCAUCUCCUCCUCUAGCAGCGUCAUAUCCAGGAGUUCCAAUGAGCUAUCCUGCAUAUGGAGGCUAUGGUAACGGAAUGACUCCAGUUUACCAGCAAGCUUACUACCGAUAGACAUGACUGGUCUUUGAAAAAUGGUGACACUGAUAUGACAAACGACCCUAAUCUCUUUCUUAAUGGCUUUGUAAUCACUAACCUUUUAAUGGUAGCGAUGAUGUGUGUGUUAAUCCUUGUUCUGACCUGUUCCUGUUCCUGUUCCCUGCCUCUUGCCUGCUGUCAAGAGCAGAUGUAUUUCUAAUGUUGAUUAAACUUCUAAUAUUAGGUGAAUGUGAAAAAAGUACUUCAAAAUGCUACUUUACCAAAUAGAACUCUUUGUUCUUACUCA